AUGACCGAAUUUCGUAUCCCUCACCACGGCCCUCCGCCUCGGAAACCCCUACCGAAUCCCCAACAUGGCUACCAAUAUCAAGCCUACGACGACCCGAGAAACCUUGCGCCUUACUCGGUCAACCCUCAAACCACACACAGUCGAACACGCACCACUUCCUCUCAAGUCCUACCCUACGGAAGCUCCCAGUCUCAACAGCACCAAAACACCCCUCCGCCUCCGAGUGCCCACUCGUCGAUGGCGACCCCUCCAUCCUUCGCGCAGUCACGCCGCCUAUCUAGCACUACCACAUCCACCAACUCGACCGGCAACCCGAUGGCCCAGGGAGACGUGGAUAUUCGCCGGAGUGCGUCAAACCGAUCGGCCAAUUCUCAACUCGGAUAUGUAGCCCUCAUGCGACGACAGAAGGCGACCGUAUGGUGUGAUCGGGCGCAACCCGAAGAUGCUCGCAUGCGAGAGCAGGCUCGACGGGAUAAAAAGAGAGCCUACCUCGAGGUUCAUGGUGCAGGCCGUGCCGGCCACGCCGGCGGCAAGAUCAGACAUGGCGGCAAAGCCGGCCUGGACUUUUCGCCAUCUAACUUGGUGGGCGCAAGUGUGCCUCUCCGUCUAAGCGCCAAUGAGGUGGGAGAUGGCGAUGACGACUCCCACAGCGCCGAAGGUGUCAUGAUGCACCGCCGAACCGGUAGCGGCCGGAGCUCGAUUACAAGCAACCGGUACCCCAGUGGCUAUCACCGGCAACAGGGAACUAUGGGUAGCAACAGUACUCCUCCGAACGAGAAGAGUGAUCUCCCAGAAGUUUCUGAGAAUAGGCCUGCCGAAAUUCAUGAGGAGGAGAAGAGCAGAGUAUCUUCUUUGGUGAAGGAUGAUGCUGCUACAACACACACGGCGAACAGCAGCGAGCAAGAAGACAUUGUGGGCGAUAUGGAGGCCCCGAGUGCGGCUGUUCACGCCGCCCAGAAAGCCAAUAAAGCAGAUGAACUGCGGCGGCGAGGCAGUGUAGACGAACGGACCACCUCUAUGACCAACGUGCGGUUAUUUGUUGCUAAUCCCGACGACAGCGACUGA